AUGAUUUUUGGUACGUGUGGAAAUAUUUUAUAUAUUCUUGGUUCAGUUGGCUAUUUGAUUAUCGAUAUUGUUGGUAUUGUAAAUACAACAUCAGUUGACACAACAAUAGUUUUUGCUAUCUACGUUGGUCUAGCUGGAUUGUUUGUUGUUGAUGCUAUUCUUUAUUUACUCGACUGGUAUUAUAAUAAUGUUUUUCGUCGAAAAGACAAAACAAGCAGACAUAUAAUUCAAUUACUUGCAUCAAUAGCAAGUCUAGUUGGUAGCAUCGUUUAUCUAGCCGGAGCAAUAACAAAACCAAAAACAGCGUUUACUUCAACAUCAGCGAAUACAUUGUACUCAACAUCUGAUUUAGCAUUAUCAAAUUUAACAGCGUUUAUUCUAAAUGUAGGCGGUAUGGCGUUGUUUCUUGUUGAAGCGUUAUUACAACUUCUUAACUGGGGAAAAUAUUUUAAAUCGUCUGAUGCUGAGAAAAAAGUUUCUGAGAAAAAAAUUUCUGAGAAAAAAAGCUGUUGUUGCGGUUGUAAUUGUAAAAGUAUUGAAUUAUGGGCAAUAAUUUUGAAUAUAUUGGCAAGUAUCAUUUAUUUAAUUGCUCAUGUUGCACAACCAGUAGUAAUAGUUAUUUCAGGUUAUACAAGUCUAACUGUAUCACAAAUAGCAAAUAUUGCUUUCACCGUUAUACGACCGAUUCAAGUUGUUGGUGAUGCUUGCUAUCUAGCAGACGCUAUAUUAUAUACGGUUGUUUGGUUAAGAGAUAAAUUGAAUAAGAAGAAUCAAGUAAAUAUCGAACCAGAACAAAACGUAAAUCAAAAUGCUUGGUCUACAGCAAAGAAGAUGAAUUCGACGAAAGAUCAAAUGACAUCAGAUUAUAUUUCGGACAUUGUUCCACCAUCUACAGAGCGAAGAAAACAACAAAAUAUUACUGAACAACAGCGAGGAAAAAUGUUUAGUACACCGACAAAAAGUGACUGGUAA